AGUCAGGGAGGCUGCUGGCCCUAGCCAAAAAGAACAACCAAAAAGAAUCGCUCGCGAUCGUCAUCACUGUCAGACCACACAAAUAGGAAAGGAAAAAAAGGAGUGCUUGUGACUUUCAGCAGGGACAACGAAAUCUGGCUCCGGGAAAGUGGUGUCUAUAAUCCUGCGCGCGAGGGAAGAAAGGAAUUCGGAGUGAAAAGUGAUUCGGCUUUUGAGCUUGAGGAAGAAAAACAACGCGCAUCGGGCCUCGAAGAAAACGCCCUGCGAUUGGGGCUCUCCUCUUGGCAGCAGCAGCAGCACAAAGUACCUACUGUCAGCAGCACACAAGAAAGAGAAGAGACCGGAAAAUUUUCAAAGCAAGAAGCACAAAAAGUGAACAAGUGGAUUUUCAAUGUUUUUUUUCGCUUCUCCGUUUUUUCUCUGCGCGUUGGAUUUUUGAGCUUUGAACCGAUGAGUUGGUGCUGCUAGAGCGUGUGAAUUUCCGGGUGGAGGACCGCGUUCCGGAGUUGGACUGGUCAUCGGGAGCAGGAGAGCAGGGAGGCGGAUUUUGUUGAUGUGAUUUGUGCAUGAGUCACUGCCCUGUCGGAGGAGGAAGAGCAGCGCAGCAGCUUUGUGUCCUCCCAUCUUCUCAGUAAACACGGCAAGAGGGGAGACCGGGGAAGGUUAGCUGCUUCACUUUUGGCAAAUUGUUAAGUAAUUAACUCCUUCCUACUCGCGACGCAAGAGUGCUGUGUGUGUGUGCGUUCGCGCGAGUGUGUAUGUGUGUGCAGCAGUAUUUGACGACGACGACGACAAGGAGCGUCCGGGAUUAAUCAAACACACAAAAAAAAGAAGGAAGAAAAAAGCACAAAAGAACGCGAAGAAACGACGUCGAGCGUACACAUAAUCAACAUAAUCAAAGAACGGAGAAGAGAGCCCCCUCGAGGCCAAAGUCAUCCAGCAACAACAACAACAAAGGGUGAAGCAAAGGGGGAUUUGGCGUUGCAUGGUGCCGGAGUCCGCCGCCGUGGCCAACCCGUAGCGUAACCCCAUUCCCGGAAGCAACGUUAAACGACAGACAGACGGGCAGACAACAAAAAUGACCGAGUACAAACUGGUGGUGGUCGGUGCCGGAGGCGUUGGCAAGUCCGCCCUCACGAUACAGCUCAUCCAGAACCACUUUGUGGACGAGUACGAUCCGACCAUCGAGGACUCCUACCGGAAGCAGGUGGUGAUUGACGGUGAAACGUGUUUGUUGGACAUCCUGGAUACGGCCGGUCAGGAGGAAUACUCAGCCAUGCGAGACCAGUACAUGCGAACCGGGGAAGGCUUUCUGCUGGUGUUUGCAGUAAACAGUGCCAAAAGUUUCGAAGAUAUAGGAACGUAUCGAGAGCAAAUUAAGCGCGUCAAGGAUGCCGAAGAAGUCCCCAUGGUUCUCGUUGGCAACAAAUGUGAUCUCCAGGCAUGGGCCGUCGAUAUGAACCAGGCGAGAGAUGUGGCGAAGCAGUACGGGGUGCCAUUUGUCGAAACGUCCGCCAAGACCAGAAUGGGAGUCGAUGAUGCCUUUUACACGCUCGUUCGCGAGAUUCGCAAGGACAAAGAAAGAGGGAAGAAAAACAAGAAGCACAACAAGCUUGGCUCGAGCCGUCGAUUCAAGUGUCGGUUGCUGUAAUUUUUUCAAAUCUAUUUUAUUUUUUCUUGUGAAAAUCAAGUGCUGCCCAAUAAUCACGUUUUACAUCAUGAUCUACGACGCAAAUGAAAAAGAAAAGAAAAAUUAAAAAAAAAACAAGAAAGUAACGGUUUGCAAUGAAAUUGGCUAACCUUUUCCAAGACCGCACAAACUAACACUCAGAUAUGCAGUGUUGUUACCGCCUCUUUGUAAUACUUUGCGGGGAAAGAUCAUGGAAUGCAUGAAAAGCGUGGUAACAAACGGAAGAUUUAAUCUACAUUUGUCUGCUAAUACUUUAGAUUUUUGCUAUUACUGUAUCGAAAUUAUAUUCUUGUUACGCAAAACAACAGAGCGAGCUAGACGCGCGCCCGUGCGCAGAACGAGAGAACGAAUCCUGUGCAAGAGAAACGCGCACAGGAAGAAAGCAAAAAGAGACGUAAAUCAUAAGUGAAAAUUAGCUUUAGACAGAGACAGUAAUGUUUUUUAUUUUUAUUUUUCUACACUAUGCAAUGUAUUUUAACUUUUAUCAUUUUUUUAUCAAUCAAUAGCGCUAAACAUUAUCGGUAACUUAACCGACAGUCGAAGGAUAAUCUGCAGUCACAAUCGUUUAUCUGUUUUUCUGUAGUUGCAAUUGUUUUGUCUAAAUAAAUCUCCUGACAAAAAAAAA